AUGGCCGACGCCAUCUGCUGCAAACGCAGGUUACAGCCCACUCCACCCACAACCAGCAGCUCCUUAGACUCGACAAAUGCCAUCGCUCGUUCAGUGAUUUCUACUAGCAUGGCGAACAUGUGCUCUUGCACGCUGAAGCAGAGGUCUCGUGUGAAAUUCUUGAAGUCCUCUUGCGUGCAGGCACCCGUUGACAACAUAUCCUUCUGUCGCUCAAUUAGCUGUUCGCACCGCGUCAAUAGUCCGCUUAGCGAACAAUCCAUACCCUUCACGACGAAAGGCAGCGGGAUCAUGCGCGCCCCGGGUAAACGCGCAGUGAGCUCUAUGGAGAGGCCUGGUGACGGUUUAUUCGGAAGCCCCAGCAGGCGUGCCAGCCUGUCGAGCACGUUUCCUGCAGCUAUAUCCAGGGUUUCUCCCAGCACCGCGUAA